AUGAUGCAGUUUCAAGGACGAUUAAAGUUCCUUCAGGGUCAGAGGAAGAAGACGGCGUCCGGAGCGCUCCUGCGUCCUCAGCUAGCGCUGUUCUGUGUCGCUGUGCCUCUGCUCCUGCCCUCCAUCACCGAGACGAAGAUGAAGAGCGGCGUGAUGAAGGGCAAACACAGGAACCCUGGCGUUCUCACCUCAUUAGAUCACAAUGACAGAGACGAUCCUCUCAGGCCUCUCGCUCUUCUGAGGCCACACAUGAGCGAAGACAACGUCAAGUACAGGAGCGAAGGUCCCUACGGUCCAGACGAGCCUCUGAACUUCUGCAGGUCGAGCGGUCAGAACCUGGACUGCGGCGCGUGGCCCGUGAGAAGCUCCGGCGCUCGGCUCUGCAAACACACGCACUACGGUAAACCGUAUCGAUCGGCCCCUGGAUAUUACAGUAACAGAGCUGAGGCAUACGGGAGCGCCGCGCACGACGACUACAGCACAGACGGCAUCAAGAGCGAGAACUUCUGCUACGAAGAUCCCGGCGAGGGAUACGAAGCACACGUGAUGAUCGAGCCGCUCGUAAAGCUGGAGCAAGACUCUGACGCGGAGAACGGCUGCGGACGGCCCUGGACGGAGCUCGAGCGUUUCCCGAACGGCACGCAGAUGAAAGCGGAGGGUGGAUACGGCGCGCAGUACUCCUCCUGCCAGAGGCUGAAGGGAACGACGUACAGCAGUCAUUAUCCCUCUAACGCUUACGGAGGGGCACGACCGCUCAAGUGCGUCCUGAACAGAGAAGCAGUGAACUCUCAGUGUGUGGACGCCUACGCUGCUGACUACAGAGGGUACGUACAGCACGACUACAAAACGGGUUACGAGGUCAGAGGUCACGGGCUGCUUCACUGCAUCAAACAGGAGCCCGUCGACGCUCCGCUGUGGCACGACAUCCACAGCACCGGCCAGAGGAACAACACGAGCUGUGCCAAGAUCAACCCGUGCGUCUUCAUGCAGUAGCGCUUCACUUUCAUUCUGCCAUUUAUUCAGUUUGAAUCUGGACACUCAUGUGCUGCGUUUCAAACCCACAAUCAUCCUGUUGCUGGCACACACACAAACACACAACACUGCAAAACAUGAUGUUCUUCCUCAGGAUUUCUGCCUUGUUUUUCAGCACAUAUAUCCAAACAUCCUUAAAUCCAGAUACAUUUACUGGAGAUGCAAAAUGACUUGAUAUAUGUGACCCUGCAGCACAAAAGC